GCGUGGCUGUCAGCGUGCACUCGGUGGUCCUGGCCGCCUGUGCUCCUGGAAGUAGUCUCCUCACUGGUCCCCCUUCGUCUCAGAUGCUUCCCAUCCUGCGACCACAGCCACAGUAACAUGUGCUCCCAUCACCUAACUUCUGUUGAGGGACCAGUACAAGUCCCAUCCUGCGCCAUCCAGCAGUGGUCACACACAGUCCUGUCGUGCUUCUCCUCCUGCUUCUCUCCGUGCUCCUCCCCUGGUCCUCGUCCGAUGCUCCCCGCGCUCCUCCGUGAUCCUCCGAUGCCCUCCGCGCUCCUCUGAUGCUCCUCCCCGGAUCCUCGUCCGAUGCUCUCCGCGCUCCUCCCUGAUUCUCCCCGGAUGCUCCCCGCGCUACGCCAGCUCUCCUAUGCCUUCUGGGCCGCCUAUUCGGCUUAGUACGGAUGUGUGUGUUCUAAGUACAGAGCGGUCACUACAGCCUGGUCGAUUUACAAACAUUUAUUUCAUUUCGGCUACACAUCAGCUUUAUGUAGUCACUUGUUCACGUGUCCGCGUCUCCUCCUCGACUCCGAGAAUCCAGACGACGGUCAAGAGUAAAUCAAUCACCCCCACAACCACCAUCUCCUGUGGUGCGGCCAACACCGAGAGAGCCACGGGUGGCGAGCGCUGGAACUGGCGGAACUGCUGCGUACUCGAGGCCGCCCAAGCGGGAGGGCUGGCGGGGCUCGCGGGAGCCGGAGCUGGGCGGCGGGGUGGCCACCGAGACGCAGCGACCUGCGGGGUCCUAGAGAGGCCAGGAAAGCUCCUGGAAGACAGCGGGGCUCAGGCGGCUGACGAACUUCCGGCCUUCACGGCCGCUUGGUUGCCAGGGCGCCGCUACCGCCGCGGCCCUGGAGCUUCUCUGGACCCGAGGUGUGUGCUCUUCAAGAAGAGCAGGCCAGGGAGCCUUGAAUCCGCUUCCCUUGCCCGGGCUGGGGCGAGCCUUCUGAGCAGGAUGGCUUCGGCGGAGGAGCAGCCCGGACUUAGAGCCGUGAAGGUGGAGGAGGACCGUGUCUGGGACCAGGAGACCUUCCUUCGAGAGAGCGGCAUUUCUACUCAGGAGGCCUCCCGCCAACUUUUCAGGCACUUUUGUUACCAAGAGUCCCCCGGGCCCCGGGAGGCGCUGCGCCGGCUCCGCGAGCUGUGCCGCCAGUGGCUGCGGCCCGAGACGCACAGCAAGGAGCAGAUCCUGGAGCUGCUGGUGCUGGAGCAGUUCCUGACCGUCCUGCCCGCCGAGCUCCAGGCCUGGGUGCGGGGACAGCACCCGGAGAGCGGGGACGAGGUGGUGACGGCGCUGGAGGGUCUGGAGAGGGAGUUCAGUGAGCCUGAGAACCAGGCCCCAGACGAUGCCCCUGGCCAUUCAGAAGUGCUGUCAGAGGAUGGGGUGCAUGUGAAGGCCAAGCAGGAAUCAAGAGCCAUCCAGCUUCAGGCCACGGUGACACAGCUCCAAUGUGAAUCUCUUGGUCCCCACAAAUUUGGGGAACAAGGUGCCGACGUUGUACCAGAAAGCCAGGAGUCGGCCGUGCGGCAAGAAGUUUUGAAGGAAAUGGAACGUUUUGGAAAUAGCCGACUCCAAAGAGACGCUCCCCUGGACUCUCAGUGCCGGGAAGCUUGGAAGCGGGAGAGCAGGGCGGGAAAGCCGAGGGGACGCGCCGCCGGAGAGCGACCGCACAGGUGCAGCGAGUGCGGGAAAGGCUUCGCUCAGAGCUCCGUCCUCACUCAGCACCAGAGAACCCACACCGGGGAGAAGCCCUACGAGUGCGAGGAGUGCGGGAGAGCCUUCAGCCAGCGCUCCGGCCUGGUCGAGCAUCAGCGGAGCCACACCGGGGAGAAGCCCUACGUGUGCGACGAGUGCGGGAGAGCCUUCAGUGCCAGCAACGGCCUCAUCAGACACAGGAGGAUCCACACGGGGGAGAAGCCCUACGGCUGUGAGGAGUGCGGGAGAGCCUUCCGCCUGAGCUCGUACCUCGUUCAGCACCAGAGGAUCCACACGGGGGAGAAGCGCUACCGCUGUGGCGAGUGCGGGAAGGCCUUCAGCCAGAACGCGGGGCUCUUCCAGCAUCUCCGCGUCCACACGGGGGAGAAGCCCUUCCAGUGCGGCCAGUGCGGCAAGCGCUUUAGCCGGCGGACCCUGCUCGGCAAGCACCAGAGGAGCCACACUGGGGAGAGACCGUACACGUGUGACGAGUGCGGGAAGGCCUUCGGCCACCACUGCAACCUCAUCAGGCAUUUUAGAAUCCAUACCGUUGCCAAACCGGACUAAUUCCCCGGACCCCCAGACUCCUAGACGGGGCCGUCUUGGAGAGUCGGCUUUUCACGUGGCUCAUUUGGUUUGGGCCAAAUUUACGGUGCUCCGGAACGACUAGCUCGUCUGCAGACGCGGUGCCGGGGUCUCCUGGUGAACGGCCGUGGUUGUGGGCGGUUCCGGGCACCCCCCUUCUUCCCGAUCCUUUGGUUCGUUUCUAAUGAUUUCCCUCAAAAGAGACCGAAAUCACCUGGAAAUAAAUUGCUGCGGAGGGGCUGUUCUUGGGUGAUACUGAAUACUGAACAACUCUGAAAAACUGG